AUGGCCACAACCGCAACGAUUCACCCAAACCCGCCCAAGCGCUCCGACUCCGAUGUCUCUCCCAGAACAGUGAACCCUCCCAAGAAGUCAGGCUCAGAAGACGCAAAGGCCGAUUACUUCCCAGAUUCCAACACAGUCGAUGGAUCCAAUACUAGUGUCCGGGCCAGCGACGGUGACGAUUCAUCUGCUCGGAAGUCAAGCAUCUCCUUCGCGCCAGAUCCUCGACGUAGCUCAAGUGAAAGCAACCAAAAUCCAGCGCUAGGCCAGGACUCGUUGAUCCAAAGGAAAUCGUCCACCGGCUCUGUCUCUUUUCGUAGAAUGACAAACCCUCAACUUCCCCAGGGAAAUCCUCAACAGAUGGGCAACAGUCGCAUCCGUGCGAGCUCACCGGACCACACAAGGUUCAAGAAGCAUGUCGCAUUUGACAAUGUUACAACUGGCGAAGCGACCAAGAAUAAUGCUAUCUCGUUUACGCUCAAUGUUCGACAUAAGGGUUACCAGGCUAGGCGCAGAUCGCGAUGUUUCAUGGUUGGGGUUGACGAGCAUACCUACUCCGAUUAUGCGUUGCAGUGGCUGCUUGACGAACUGGUUGAUGAUGGCGACGACGUUGUUUGCGUGCGAGUAGUCGACAAAGAACUGCGACUUACGGACAAGCAGUACAGAGACGAUGCAGACUCGGUCAUGAAGGGAAUCGUUGCUCGGAAUGGUAAUAACAGAGCCAUCAACAUUGUCCUCGAAUAUGCCGUGGGCAAGUUGCACAUGACUUUUCAACACUUGAUCCAAAUGUACCAGCCUGCAAUGCUCAUUGUAGGAACUAGAGGACGCACCCUCGGUGGUCUUCAAGGCCUGGUUAACACCCGCAACUCGUUUUCCAAAUACUGUCUCCAAUAUUCACCUGUCCCAGUGGUUGUGGUUCGACCUACCGAGAAGCGCAUCAAAAAGAAGGCCAAACGUGCCAACGACUCUGCCCGACAGACCUACGUGAGCAUGUUGGCCGCAAACGCCGGGAAACAUGAGGCCGAUAGUGAGGCAAGUAGCACUUAUGAGCUUGAGGUCCACAACUCGCCCGAUGAAGAAGCGCACCAAGUCGCACGUGCUUUAGGACUGCCUGCAUCUUUCGAUCCUACGAUUAAGCCCCUCAACCAUAGCCAGAUACCGAGUCGCAGAUCCCCCGACCCUACUGCUACUGCGGGCCCUGUCAAUGAGUCCUCGGAGAACCAGAGAGUUGUCAAAGACGACGUCGGUGUCGCCGCUGAGAGCGAUGACGAUGACGAUGACGACGAUGACUCUGGAGAGUUCGAGGUUAUGAGCGGGCAACAAGCCUUGGACAGGCAGAAGAUGGAUCAGCUUCAUAAGAUGGAGGUCGGUGAAGCAGCAGCGUUAAAGAUGAAGAUGAAGGGCAAGCAGAAACAACGAAUAGACAAUAACAAGGAUAAGAAUAGCACGGGAGAUGAAGUUGCCGAAAGCAACGAGAAAUCCUCUCAGAAGAAUAACCAGCUUCCUCAAGUUGCUCAGCCUGAUUCAGAAGCAAAAGGAGGUCUCUCAUCUCUAGAAGAGGAAGGCGACACGGCCGAACUGCAACAUCUGGAUGAUUUACAAAAGCGUAUGGCCGUCUCUGAUAUAGGGCUUCACUUAUCGCGUGGAGCUUGCAAUUCAAAAGUCGAGGACAAAGGAGGACCUUCUAAUCCAUCUUCCAAAAAGCUGGAUGCCGCUUCGAAGACUCUACAGGUACCUUCAGGCUGCCAGAUUCGUACGUCGUCCACAGGAAGCGAAGGAUCACCCACCCUAGUCGGAAGCUCAUCUAGCGAUUUCUCGGUGGGGUCGCCGUUGUCGGGUUUCAGAUCUCAACCAAGCAUAAGAUUCUAUUCGGGUCCCCCGUCACCUGGAGAAGAGGUUCAGGAUAAUGGCCAAUCUGGUCGUGAUGAUGGUGAGGGCGAUGGUGAAGGCGAUGGUGAGGGCGGUGCUGAAGGUACUGACAACAACAACAACGAAGAGAAUGAUAAUGAACCACCCAAUGUGGCAGAAGCGAGGCCCCGUCCCAGCAGGUAG